AUGGGAAAAAUUGUCUCUUCCUUAUUUCUAUGUGUCUUCCUUAUUUCUAUGCAUUUCUAUGCAGUUAUUAUACGAUUUAUGACUUAUGUUCUGCAAUUAAUAUCUUAUGUUUUGUCUUACUGUAUGCAUUUGACAUUUCACCUAGAUUGUUCAAUGGUUGUCUCUGCCUGAUAGACUCUCAACUCUAGCUCCCAAACCCAAGGUCGGGGAGUUGUGUCUCUGUCUGUUGAGACUUGGUGCUCCUUUCUCACAGAUAGUUGGACGUCAGCGAUGCAGGUGUGAGAAUGUAAAUAUCUUCACACACACUGCAACAGGGAGGAGAUGGUGCAUGUAAUUUGAUUGGGUUAGAAAGACAUUCCACCCUAGUCAGACAGAGAAGCUAAAAGGCAGAAGUAACUUUAGGAUCGUGGGCUCUUUGCAUCACACCUUCGUGGUGUGUGCAAUGAUCUCCCCAGCUGGUUUUUGGUUUGUUGAUGUGCACGAUCAACAUCCAUGCUUUUUAUUUGCUUUCCCCAUUAUUUUUAUUUUCUUUAUUAUUUCAAUAAAUCGCACAAAAGGACAACUCUCUCUCAUCUACUUCUUUAUGGAAAAUUUCCACCACAGAAAUUGGCGUCACGAACAGGAUCCCGCGGCAGGUCGUCUGGACGGUGUGACCAGGGACGAUAGUCCUGAGGACUAGGGUCGCUCAGCCUCCAAACCUCUACAGACAUUCAGAGCUGGGAGGACUGCUCACCCGUCUGGAUCGCCUCUGACGAGAUCCACGAACUCAGAUUCAAACUCAAAUCCUAAUUUGGCUCGGCUCGGUGAGAGAGAUUCCUUUUGAUUUGGGAAAAAACAAAAGGAUUGGAACUUUUAUUUUUAAUUUAGCUGAAACAUUUCAAUUGGUUGAAAAAAAAAGGAAAGAAAUCUUCUGUUUGGUUCAAACACUAAAUUUGAUUAGGAAAAUUAAUUAGAUCGAGAGAAAAAAAUCCCAAUAUUACAUGUUCUUAAUUAGGUGAAAGUCUGCUCUGGGUGGUGAGACGUCGGUUGCUAAGGGUUGGCUCGUGGAACCGAGCUUCCGUCUGUACUGAGGAUACAGACAUGUUUUUUUGAUCUGUGCGUGGUCCACACGUGGGGGACUGAGUAUAAAAGACGGCUUCUGAAAGAGGGAGUGCGUUUGCAGAGUGAAGUAUUUUCAAGAUACGAGGGACCCGGGCCUAGAGGGGCCUAACGUUGAGGAAAUACUUCGGGAAAGGCUCUGUCGCCAGAUCAGGUUGGUUCCCUUUUUACGGAGACGUCCGAUAAAAAGGCAUUUUGGGAAGGUUCCGGCCGGAACACCCCAAAAAUCUAAGGCAGGAAACCGCCGGACUCUGAAAGACGGGUUCGGGGCAAUUUGAGUCUUCACCACCAGACAGAAACCGUACAAAACUAAACGUAAUUAAAGUAAAUAUGGUUAUUAGUGCGUUUCAUGUUUCCAUGAGUGGGAAACUGGUUAUGGGUUCAAAAGGAGAAUCGCUUUGUGUAAGGACAUACGCACCUUAAAAGAAAAAUUAGAGACAAAAGAAAAUACUUGAAAAAGCAAAACUAUCAAAACUAAAGCCUUAAAAGAAACAAAAGAUGAGAGUAACAGGAAAAAAGGAGAUAACAACUCUGGGGAAGAAUUGUUUGCACUCUGCCACACACACACAUACCACACACACAUAUCAUGCCAAGAGCAAAUGCUCCCAUUGUUUCUGCUCUUUGUCCUAAUGCAGAACUGAGCGCGAUGAGGGUAAAUCCGGAUCUGGACUCCUUUCCCACCAUCAGCAGAAGAACCGAAGGAGAAGAAGCGCUAACCAACAACCAGAACAGGGUGGAAGCUCUGACACCACAGCAGCUGGAGGACACAGACCACAGCAUGGACGCCUCAGCGACUCCCACAACGUCUGCAGCCAUCACGUUCUGGGCUCAUCAGAUGAACCAGCUACUACAAGCGUGUGUGUCUGACACAGACACCUGCUUAUGACAAUCAGCAAAGGAAAACAAGGACAGAGCAACAGCAGAGAAGACGUGCUCUGACACAGACACUGGUUGAAACAACAGGAGAGGCUUCAGACGUGAUCGGCCCAAAAGAGCUGCAUGCGAGGAUCCAGGAAAGGUCUGUCAUCGAGGAACAACUGUCCCAUUAAAAGGCUUCACCCACUGGUGCUCACAUCAGACUGAUGGUUGGGGAAGGAGGAAGGUGACGGUUCCUUUUCACGUGACGUACAAGACGGUACCGCAAACAUACACACACAUUCAUACACGCAAUGAAGAAACACGCUUACAGCUGAUACACGCUCAAAUUCAUGUUCAUGCUUAUCUGCUCGCAAUGAAGAAUCGCUUUUUGCUUAAAAAAAUCCCACAGAGUGAUUUUAAAAUGAUGACAAACAGCUAAAUGACAACUGCUGCAUGACUUUACAGUCUGAUGGGUUCAAACUAUUUUAACUUGCAACAAAUUCAGUAAUAAAAUCCUCUACGUUUCUAAAAGGGUUUGUGCACAAUAUAGGUUUGUCUGGCCAGACUAGAAGACUAUAGGAAACAAAACAGACUAUAGGAAAACAAAACAGACUGUAGAAAAAACAAAACCAGACCAUAGGAAGACUGAAACCGACUGAAACAGACUAUUAAUGACUAUUAAAGGGAAGACGACUAUUAGAGAGAAGUAAUAAUAAUUACUGUACGUACCAGACUAUUAAAGAAAACUUAUUUUUUCACUGUCUUAUGCAACAUUUGACAGCGAGACACCUUGAGAUUUAUUGUUGCUUUCAAAUUUAUGCCCAGUUAAUUUUUAGGAAGAGAUCUCAUGUGUAGUUUAGGUAUUUGAUUGAUUUCCACUCCAGACGGAGUGCAGGUUACAUCUACAGACAUUCUAAAUAAUCCCUCUUUUGUUGCUGUUAACUUCAGCUCAGCUGUGCUCUUAUCAUUGGCUGCUGAGGGGGGGCUGUAACUGAGGCCCUCACACAGGCUGCAUCACGGCUUGUUUAUGAUUUCACACACACACACACUCAAACUGACCUCAACUUCCCUCUUUUGGGAUGAACACAGGUCUGCGCUUGCAAUUUCUUUUCCUAACGAACAAAAAGAUUCUUGAUUUUUAUUCUACAGUUCCACACGUCCCUCUGUGAAAACAUGAUGGAGACAGAUGCAGGACGUGGGUCCUUUCGUGAACAGAUGUGAACGGGGUGGAGACUGGUGAACGACUUCUGACCCCAUAGGACGCUCUGACCCAACACUCAGCCUUACAGGAAGCCCUGCUUCCCUGUGGCUCACACACAGACAUGAUGUAGGUUUGAUCAGAGGAUGUGAACCAGUGGUCAUCACACCUAAAUCUGACCACAGACCAUGUAAACAACAACACCCUCUUAAAGGAAGCCAUAGAUGGUGUUACUGCAGACACCACUAAGCUAUUGAAACAUUGGAUGCUACAGGCCACAAAGAGAGCCUGUUUAAAUUACACUUUGUUCAGACAAAGGUUAUUUUCUGGGUCAUUGUAAUUACAGCUGAUGGCAAAUCCAUCUCACCCAACUGAGUUAAAGCAAUUUGAGACCUGCCUAAACCGUGCACGUAAAAACAGCUGAUAUCUUUUCUAGGUCUUUGUUCUUAUUGUAGGACUUUCGUUCCUAACUUUACUGUCUUUGAGGCCCCACUCAGGGUUCUGAUGCAGACGUCUUCAUCGUCCACUUCUUGUCUCACGUGGACGUCUGAGGCUGAACAGGCGUUCACCGACCUCAAACGUGCUCUUCAGUCGGCUCCUACUUUGGGUCUACCUGACCCUACGCGACCUUUCACCCAAACAGUGGAUGAGAAAUCAGGUUGUAUGACCUCUGUCCUUCUACAGGAUCACGGAGGACGUCCGCGCCCUGUAGCCUAUUUCUCUGCUAAGCUUGACCCAGUCGCUGCGGGGCUCCCACGAUGCCUCCGAGCAGUGGCUGCGGCAGAGAAAGCCGUGCUGGCAUCACGUGACAUUGUUGGGUAUUCUGAUGUCACCCUGCUGGUUCCUCAUGCCGUGUCUUUGAUCCUUUUGGAACAAAAAACAUCACAUCUUUCUACAGCCCGAUGGCUUAGAUACAACACCAUCUUACUGGACAUGCCAAACAUCACUGUCAAAAGGUGCAAUGUGCUUAACCCAGCCACUUUGUUUCCAGGCCCUGACGAUGGCGAGCCUCACAACUGUGUUUCGGUGUUGAACCAGGUCUGCACUCCGCGCCCAGAUCUGUCGGAGGUGCCAAUUCCUAACUGUGACCUCGUUCUCUUUGUUGAUGGCUCCGCCUCUAGAGACCCUGCUUCGGGCCGCUGUCAGGUGAAAGCGGCUCUGCCCAAACAGGCGACAGAACCACUGCACAUCAUUCAACCAGGAGACUGGGUGAUCAUUAAGGAGCUUCGCAGGAAGCACUGGAACUCAAAGCGGUGGCAAGGUCCCUUCCAAGUCCUUCUGACGACCCACACGGCUGUGAAGAUCACAGAAAGAGCGACUUGGAUCAACUCCAUCCAGGAAGGUCCCGGAUCCGACAGACGACCCUCCAUCUACACCACACGAGAAAACCACCACUGACAUAAAGAACUGAGAAGGACGACCCUCGCUGUGCUCACACACGCACUGAGGCGAGGCUGCGUUGACCGUUCAGCUAAAGGUGUGAGCCAAGCGCCGCCUGAAGCUGCACCGGUGAAUCACACUAUCAGACCAUACAUCUACACACACGCUCCUGAGAAAACACACACACGAGCAGCCUUGAGUUGCCAACGCUGGACGACGUGUAGACUCUUCACAUCACGGGAGUGACAGUAACUCAGACGACAUUGGGAGGAAACCUGGCGGUGAUAACGAAUCCCAAGUGUCUCUGUGACCAGCUGAUCACAACCUGAAGAACCCCAACGAACAAUCAAUACUUCAACACACAGGUUGGAAACAAUCUAACGCUACUGUUCAACAGGAAGAAGCAGAUUGUUACGAGACAUCAAUUGUAAACAUGCUUUGUUAGACUUCAUUUUAUGUUACUCUGAUUAUUGCCUUUAUCACAUGAUGUUUCUAUGUAAGUUUACACACUACUUUUGAAUGAGAAAUUUCACAACAACAACAACAACGACACUGAGUUUAAAUAUCCUGAAGUUGACUUGGUGUUUAAUUUGCUCACAAUCACUUUAUUCACUGCUACAAUUAGUUUUAUCCUUCAUUUACAGAUGAAAGACAACACAAGCGGAAAUAUGCAUCAUCAUUCUGGUUAAAUCCCUGAAUCUCCUAUUCGCUCUAGACGCAAAUGUACAAUUAAAGAUCCGAAAGCAUUAAAUCUAUCUUAAGAAUAUAUGAAACAGAACCCCACCGGAAACCUAUGGUUAUCAUACAUUAAUUGUCUUUAUUACAUUACAAUUGAAUGGCCAUAGACACGUUGUUAGCAGAGAAAAGAGGCGUUUGUGUUAUGUUUGGAGACGCAUGUUGUACUUACAUCCUGAAUAACACUGAUUCUAAUGGUAUUGUGGCGAAGGCGCUCCACGGCCUUCAGAAUCUCAGCUAACUCUGGUAUAGGUUCUUUCCCUUGGAAUUGGCUAAACAAAAUGUCUGGAAAAUGGAAAUCUGUUCUCAUGUCCGCAGCUGUUUCCUUUAUCAUUGAGAUGCCUGUGAUUCUCUUGUUUGGUUUUUGCGUUAUCCCACUGGUUAGAGGUCUCAUCAUGCGUGCGACUUCAGCAACACUCGUAUGAGAUGACACAAUGCACUAUGUUCAAAAACCCCAACUCUAAUUUACUUAAUGACUUUGACGAUGGUUUUAGGCUAUCUGACCACAAAAUAUAAUAUGAUACAAAUAUGAUAAUGAGCUUAUUUUCUUCACAUGCCAAUACAGAAGUUAUUCUUGUAUAACUACCCACCAAAAACAGCUCCCAACCUUUUGUCCCUAAGUUACUUGCAUUUUAUGUGAAGGUGUAUUUUGAAUCUUGAUGAGUUAAUACCCUUAUUGUUUCAUUUGCAAGGAUCUUUUAUUAUUACAGAAUGUGAUGUUGACAAUUUUUCUUCUUAGUGGUUGAUUAAUGUGUAAUCAAAAGGGGGGAGUGUUAUGGGAAAAAUUGUCUCUUCCUUAUUUUUAUGUGUCUUCCUUAUUUCUAUGCAUUUCUAUGCAGUUAUUAUACGAUUUAUGACUUAUGUUCUGCAAUUAAUAUCUUAUGUUUUGUCUUACUGUAUGCAUUUGACAUUUCACCUAGAUUGUUCAAUGGUUGUCUCUGCCUGAUAGACUCUCAACUCUAGCUCCCAAACCCAAGGUCAGCGAGUUGUGUCUCUGUCUGUUGAGACUUGGUGCUCCUUUCUCACAGAUAGUUGGACGUCAGCGAUGCAGGUGUGAGAAUGUAAAUAUCUUCACACACACUGCAACAGGGAGGAGAUGGUGCAUGUAAUUUGAUUGGGUUAGAAAGACAUUCCACCCUAGUCAGACAGAGAAGCUAAAAGGCAGAAGUAACUUUAGGAUCGUGGGCUCUUUGCAUCACACCUUCGUGGUGUGUGCACUGAUCUCCCCAGCUGGUUUUUGGUUUGUUGAUGUGCACGAUCAACAUCCAUGCUUUUUAUUUGCUUUCCCCAUUAUUUUUAUUUUCUUUAUUAUUUCAAUAAAUCGCACAAAAGGACAA